AUGAGCGGCAGUGACACACAAUUGAGCCAAGAUUCCCGGCUUUCCGGAAUUCCUACGGAACAGCCUCUGAUCUGGCAACCCGACAGCAGCUCCCAGCCCCGUCCCCAGACCCUUGCCACCGCCGUCACCACGCUGAGUGGUGGCAGUCCCGCUUUCGCCUUGUCGACCACACCAGCCCCCGCUGGUGCUUUGGGAGACCUUGCUGCUGGCAGUCAAGAAGGUUCCCUUCGCGACCCUAGCGAUUUCCACCACCCAACCUCCCCGUCUUUUUUCCAGCGUCAGCAACAGCAGCAGCAAACCUUCCAACCUCGCCCCGGCACUGUCACGCCCCAGCAACGCGAAGACAGAACCCCCACACCGUCUUCACACAGGACUCUCCGUCGCACUCCGCGCUUCUCGGCUACUCCCAGUCCACGACCUUCCGUGACCCAGCGCCGACCGCACUUUGAGGCAGCCGCCGGUGGAGCUGUCCCACCGCCGAUAUUCUCUCUUCCCGGUGCUCGCAACAGCUUUGGUCAACCCGAACAGGUAUUCAGUUCCCUUCGACGACAGCUCUCCCAGGAUCUCAGUGACGACGACGAAGAGACCUCCACUGGCUUGCCAUAUCUCUACGUUCACCAGCGCCUUUCUUCCUCUACCAAGGACAAGCCGCCUCACCCCCUCCUUAGCCUCUCCAAGCAGACCCAAAGCGCCAUCCUUUGGACCCUUGAGGAAGCACUUCGCCAGCCCAAUUCGUUUUCGCCUGACUUUGUCGAAGAAAACGCUUCGAUGGCCGACCUUCUUGCUGGUAGUGGCCCUACCACCACCAACGGCAAUGGGGGUGCGACCACGCGACCAACAGCGCCUCCAGCCCAACCUGGAUCCCCUCAGCAAGUAAUUCGUGGCCCUAGGAUGAUCAUGCGAGAGCGUGCCGAGCGCGAAGCGAGACAGAGAGCCGAACGGGAGCAGAUGGAGCGCGUUCGUGCUGAAGAAGAGGCUCGUUUGCUUGAAGAGUCUCGGCGACGUGCUGCUGAGCGCAGAGCUCCCGUUGCUGGCGCUGCUCCAGAGAUCAGCCACACCCCCAGUGACCCAGCUUCUCAGCGACGACAACAGCGUGCCCAGGAAGCCAGUGGCCACACCCGGAUGCCUUCAUCAUCCUUGGCCCAGCAGCAACCCUCUGCUAUCCCACCUCCACUGAGACCUAGAAAUGCUCAGACCCCGCAGAACUUUAGCUCUACGCCCCAGCCGGGUGCCGGAGCAGUCCCAUCGCAACCUGGCGCGGACUCGACAUCACAAGCCAUGGGCUCCAGUCGGGUUAAGAAUUCGUUUCCUCAUGCUUUUGAGCGCUGGGAGGCCCUGUCUGCGCACUGGGAAGGUAUGACCAGCUUUUGGUUGCGCAGGCUUCAGGAAAAUACAGAUGAGGCUGAGCGAAACCCAAUAUCGUCUCAGCUCUCUCGCCAAGUUGCAGACUUGUCGGCUGCAGGCGCUAAUCUAUUCCAUGCCGUUGUCGAACUGCAGAGACUGCGUGCGAGUACUGAGAGGAAGUUUCAACGUUGGUUUUACGAAACUCGUUCUGCCGAAGAGCGUCAUCAGGAAGUCAAUGCUACCCUGCACGCUCAACUUGAGCAGGAGCAACAGCGACGAAUUGAGGCUGCUGACAAUGCGGCGAAAUACGAAGCUGAGAACGCCAAGCUUCAGAAAUUGGUUACCGAAAUGCGACGCGAAUUGCUCAUCUCCAAGGAAGAAGCCCGCCGGGCGUGGGAGGAGCUUGGUCGCCGCGAACAGGAAGAGCGUGAGCGUGUCGCUGCUUUGCAGCAGGGCGCUCCAACCACUGUUGGGGGAGUGCCCGUUGUCGUGAUGACUCAAAGUGUCCCGAGCCGUGAGCCAAGCCGUCACCAGCGUUCGCAAAGCCAGCAAACCGCCGACACUUCGGAAUACAUUGCUGCCCAAGGACCUCAAUACCCCGACUAUGCUCAGUCCACGACUUCUCAACCUCGCGCUUCUUCACCGGACAACCACCCAGGAUAUUUCGUUCCGACCAAUGAACCUCCUCGCCAAGCUCAGUAUGCUGCCGAGUCCGAAGCUGGUUACGACGAAGAUGAUUAUGAUGAAACCCCGACUUCUCAGGCUGAACAGACAAAUUACCCACCGUCCAGUUCCCAGUGGGCAGGCACGUACACUGGACAACCCGACUACUCAGGACAAAGUUUUGCGGCUCCCGGUUGGGAACAAAUGCCUCGACACCACCAUCCAACUCGGCUCAGUGACGUUCUAGAGGAAGACGAGCGCAGUCGGACAUCGGCGAGCCAAGUCAGUCGAGCCUGA